GCCAACAUACCACUUCUUGCUCUUGUUUCACAAAAGGAUUUUCUUCCUUCUUUUUUCAUCAAUUUAUUCUUGCAGAUCUGAUUCCAUGUCUGCUACUCACAACAAAGCACCCAAAAUCUGCACUGAGCCUUUGCUUGAUGCCCCUGUCUCCCUCAAGACACGUAAAAAAACCUGGCAUGUUGCUUUGUCUACCCUCUAUUGCACAAGAACUCUGUUAUCUAUCGCCAGGAACAAGGUUCCGCCCAUUCCUUCUCAUGUCACUCUCACAAUUCCCUCGGAAAACAAUCGCCUCAGAAUUGUUGAGACCACUCUCACUGACCCUCUCAGGGAGAAAAAUCUAAUAGAGUUUCAAAAAGUUCCUUCUCAAGUUGCAAUCUCAAUUCCAGCGGAGGAAAGUGCAUUUCUCAAAAUUGACAAGACCACUCUCAGCGGACUUGUCAAGGAGAAAAAUCUAGGAGAGCUUCAAAAACAUGGCGGCGUCAACGGAGUAGCUUCUUCUCUGGAAACCAGCCCGGACGAUGGAAUCAAAGGCAAUGAUGACGAUCUUACUCGGCGACAGAUAGCAUUUGGCUUCAACACAUACAAUAAGCUGAGUUUCUACCCUUUUGUUGUGGAGGCUUUCAAAGAUCUCACUGUUUUGAUCCUCCUCGCCUGCGCAGCACUUUCCCUUGGGUUCGGCAUCAAGGGGCAUGGCCUGAGAGAAGGGUGGAUUGAGGGUGGAAGCAUAUUCGUUGCCGCUUUUUUAGUCAUCGCUAUCUCUGCCAUCAGCAACUACAGGGAGACCAGGCAGUUCGAGGAAAUGUCUCCAAUCAGCAACAAUAUUGAAAUUGAUGUCAUUAGAGGCGGUCAACGGAAAAAGGUUCAAAAUUUUGAUUUAGUCGUCGGGGAUAUUGUUUGCCUGAAGAUCGGUGACAAAGUUCCAGCAGAUGGGUUGUUUGUUCCUGGAUAUUCUCUGCAGGUAGUGGAAUCAAGCAUGACAUGGAAGGAUGAUCAUGAUGAGGAGAAUUUAAGGCAAAAUCCAUUCAUGGUAUCUGGUACGAAGGUGGCCAAUGCGAAUGCUCGGAUGCUCGUCACUUCCGUUGGAAUGAACACCACCUGGAAGCAAAUGAUGAGCAAAAAAUCUGUUGAGAACGACCACACACCUCUGCAAAUCAAAGUGAAGAAGCUAGCGCGGUCCGUGCGUAAGAUUAGUGACAUCAUUCUUAUACUACUUGUUGUUGUCAAUAACUUCACCAACAAUGGAAUUGACAAGAAUAAAAACACAGAAGACAACAGCAAGACGAAAGCGCACAAUGUAGUGAAUGCUGUGAAAGGGAUUGUUGCUGCUGCGGCUAUUAUUGUCAGUGUUGUGGUCCCCGAAAGCUUACCCUUGAUUGUUAAGCUCACACUAGCAAAAGCCAUGGAGAGAAUGAAGGUUGUGGCCUCUGCUUUCGAUGCUGCGGGCUCUGUCAGCAUCAUUGUCACCAACAAAACCGGUACUCUUACGCUUAACCAGAUGAAGGUGCAGGAGUCUUGGAUUGGACAUGAAUCCACACAUGAGGUUGAUUUUUCUGCUUCUUCUUUGAUUUCUGGCUUGAUCCAUCAAGGAGUUGCUCUAAACACCACCGGUGGUGUUUAUAGAAGUUCUUCAGGGGCCGAAUUCGAAUUCUCAGGCAGUCCAACUGAAAAGGCAAUUCUUUCUUGGGCUUCCCCACUGAUGGAGAUGGAGUUAUUAAAGCAGAAUUUUACGAUUUUAUUUACAGAAGCUUUCAAUUCCAAGAAGAAACGGAGUGGUGUUCUGGUCAAGAAGAAAGAAGAUAACACAAUUCAUGUUCAUUGGAAAGGAGAAGCAGAGACGAUUCUAGCAAUGUGCUCAAGCUAUUAUGAUGCCUCUGGAACAAAGAAACAUCUUAACCGUGAAGAAAGGAUGAAAUUCAAGAAAAAUAUUCAGGAAAUGGUGAAGAGAGGUCUCCGGUGCAUUGCUUUGGCCCACAAACAAGUUAUUGAAGAAGCAGUUGAGGAAGAUUUAAAAGAGAGGAAAAGGCUUGAAAAAGAAAACUUGAUCCUGUUAGCAUUGUUGGGCAUUGAGGACCGAUGCCAGGAUUGGGUGAGGCAAACCGUGGAAGAUUGCAAACAGAACACCGGCGUGAACAUCAAAUUGAUCACCGGUGACAAUGUCUUAACUGCAAAAGCUAUAGCUAGUAAGUGUGGGAUUCUCCAACCGGAUGAGGAAAUGGAAAGUAGUGCUGUCAUGGAAGCCGAGGAAUUCAUCAGGAAAUAUACAUCAGAGCAGGGGAAGGAGAUAAUCGACAAAAUCUGCGUCGUGGCAGGAGCAUCUCCUAGUAGGAAACGUCUUGUGUUGCAAUGCCCGAAAGAUAAAGGACACGUAGUUGCAGUCGCCGGUAUAAACGAUCCUGAGGUACGCGACACUGUCAUCUUGGAUGAUCAUUUUGAAAAUGUGGCCACAGAUUUGAGGUGGGGAAGAUGUGUUUAUACCAACAUCAAGAAAUUCAUCCAAUUCCAACUCACCAUAAACGUUGCUGCUUUAGUCAUCAACAUCGUGGCAGCCAUAUCUUCGAGCAAAGUUCCUUUAGAGACUGUCCAGUUGUUGUGGGUGAACUUGAUCACGGGCCCAUUGGGUGCUCUGGCUCUGGCUACAGAGGAGCCCACGGCAGGGCCGAUGGAGAAGCAACCGGUUGGCCAGGAGCCACUCAUUACCAACAUCAUGUGGAGAAACCUCCUAACUCAAGCUUUUUACCAGAUAGCAGUGCUCCUGACGCUUCAAUACAAAGGGAAAUUAAUCCUCGGUGUGACAGAGGCCGUAAAUGAUACCUUGAUCUUCAACACGUUUGUGCUCUGCCAAGUUUUCAAUGAAUUCAAUGCUAGGAAGCUCAAGAAGAAGAACAUAUUCGAGGGCAUUGAGAAGAACAAAAGGUUUUUGGUAAUUGCUGGGUUAACAAUUUUUCUCCAGGUGGUCAUGGUGGAGUUUUUGAAGCAGUUUGCCGACACAGAGAGGUUGAAUUGGGAACAAUGGGCUGCCUGCCUAGCCAUAGCUGCUGUCUCUUGGCCCCUUGGUUGGAUUGUCAAGUGCAUACCAGUGCCAGGGAGACCUAUUUUCAACUAUCUCUGGGAACACAUAUAAGACUUCAAAAAUUCAUUCAUUCUUUAAAUUUCUGCCUGCAUAUAUCUGUAAUUCGAUUCAAUUUCCCUCCAUUCUUCAUGAAUACAGACUGCAUGGGAAACAUUUCUUACAGGUGUAAAAUAACCUGAUUUGUUCGACAUAGGAAACAUUUCAACCAACAUGAUUAAUUUUGGCUUGAAUGUGAAUAAAAGCAUUACCAAAAAUCAAUAUGCAACGUGCCCUGGAGAAGAAUAAAUUCUUCAUUUCAGGGUUUAAACCAGUUAGAGGCUCACAAAGGUAAAACAUAAUGGCUCAGCGCAAGCCCUGGUUAUUAUUAGAAUAGCUUCUGCCUUCUAGAAAUUUAUCAUUCCUGACAAGUGUCAGAAAUGUUGGAACAUUUGAUAAGUAGUUUCCAACCGCUGAAGCAACAUGAAU